UGGAAUAUUUCGGAUUAUUUUUUCCAAAGAGGUGAUAUAAUUGAAAAGGAGCUAAACAGAGAAGAAGCAGUGUUGCAGAAACAGGCAGAAGAAAAGGGAAUGACGCUGAAUAGACCUUUUCAUCCUGCACCACCAUUUGACUGUCUUUGGUUAUGCCUCUAUGCCAAACUUGGAGAACUGUGUGUGGAUCCCCGACCUGCAGUUAGAAAGAGUGCUGGGCAGACAUUGUUUUCUACUAUUGGUGCUCAUGGGACUUUAUUGCAGCAUUCAACGUGGCAUACUGUCAUAUGGAAGGUUUUAUUUCACCUGUUGGAUAGGGUUCGAGAAUCUUCUACCACAGCUGACAAAGAGAAGAUUGAAUCAGGAGGAGGCAACAUUCUCAUCCAUCAUUCAAGGGAUACAGCUGAGAAACAGUGGGCCGAGACAUGGGUAUUAACACUGGCUGGAGUUGCAAGAAUAUUUAACACCAGGAGAUACUUACUGCAGCCUUUAGGAGACUUUUCCCAAGCCUGGGAUGUUCUUCUUGAUCACAUCCAAUCAGCAGCACUCAGCAAAAAUAAUGAAGUUUCCUUGGCUGCUCUGAAAAGCUUUCAGGAGAUCUUACAAAUUGUUUCUCCUGCCCGAGACUCAGAGAAGCCUGACACACCACCUGCUAUCAAUGUUUCUGUACCUGUGGUGGUAGGGACAACAACUGCUACAAGUCUUGGCAGAUCAUUCAUGAGAACUGACUCCAUAGGAGAAAGAAUAGGAAAAUACAAUGGAUCUGAACCACCUGUAAUAACAGAUGAAAUUGAAGAUUUGAAUCUUUGGUGGGCAGCCUGGAACAGCUGGUAUAGGAUUGGUUCAGAAAGUACAAGGCCUCCAAUUACUUGUGAUAAAUUGACUUUCAUUCCUAGCCAGCCUUUUCUUACAGCUUUAAUUCAAAUAUUCCCAGCUCUUUACCAACACAUCAAAACUGGUUUCAGCAUGGAUGAUCUCCAAAAGCUGGGUGUCAUUUUGCACGGUGCUGUUUCAGUUCCAAUCAGUUCUGAUGCUUCCCCUUUCAUCCUGCCAUCUUACACUGAAGCAGUUUUGACAAGUUUACAGGAAGCGGUGCUUACAGCUUUAGAUGUUUUACAAAAGGCUAUAUGUGUGGGCUCAGAAAGUAUGCAGAUAAUGUAUCCUGCAAUCUUCGACCAGCUGUUGGCCUUUGUAGAAUUUUCUUGCAAACCUCCACAGUAUGGACAGUUGGAAACAAAGCACAUUGCAAAUGCAAAGUAUAAUCAGAUACAGCUAUUUGCACCGGCGGAAUGGGUAGCAUUGAAUUAUGUACCAUUUGCUGAGAGGUCGUUGGAAGUUGUUGUGGAUUUAUACCAAAAGACAGCUUGCCAUAAAGCUGUGGUAACAGAGAAGGUUCUUCAGAACGUUAUUAAGACACUAAGAAUACCUCUUAGUCUGAAAUAUUCCUGUCCUUCUGAAAGCACAUGGAAGCUAGCUGUUUCCUCUCUUCUUAAAGUUCUCUCUAUUGGACUACCUGUUGCAAGGCAGCAUGCAUCGUCUGGAAAAUUUGACAGUAUGUGGCCAGAGCUAGCAAAUACUUUUGAAGACUUUUUAUUCACCAAAAGUACACCUCCUGAUAACCUCUCAAUUCAAGAAUUUCAGAAGAAUGAGAGUAUUGAUGUUGAGGUGGUUCAGCUUAUCAGCACAGAGAUACUGCCAUAUGCUAAUUUUAUUCCUAAGGAAUUUGUUGGUCAGAUAAUGACUAUGCUCAAUAAAGGCUCAAUACAUUCUCAGUCAUCCUCCUUUACAGAAGCUGAAAUAGAUAUUCGAAUGAGAGAGGAGUUUUCUAAGGUGUGUUUUGAAACACUGCUCCAGUUUUCAUUCAGUAAUAAAGUCACAACUCCUCAGGAAGGCUACAUCUCUAGAAUGGCACUUUCUGUGCUCUUGAAAAGGUCACAGGAUGUAUUGCAUCGCUACAUAGAGGAUGAGAGAUUGAGUGGCAAGUGUCCUCUUCCACGGCAACAAGUAACAGAAAUCAUAUUUGUUUUAAAAGCUGUCAGUACUCUCAUAGAUUCACUUAAAAAAACUCAACCUGAAAAUG